GCUCGGGACGGCGAGUUGCUGAGUUCCCGGCGGCAGCUGCUGCAGGCGGGCGGGUUGCGGGCAUGGUGCGGGGCAGGAUCACCCGGCUGGGGGUGAGCGACGUCCGCUUCCCCACCUCGCGGGGGCGCCAUGGCUCCGAUGCUAUGCACCCGGACCCUGACUAUUCUGCUGCCUAUGUUGUCAUAGAAACUGAUGCCUGCGAUGGAAUCAAAGGCUAUGGAUUAACGUUUACUUUGGGUAAAGGUACAGAAGUUGUUGUUUGUGCUGUUAACGCUCUCUCCAUUCACGUGGUUAAUAAAGACCUUGAAGAGAUUGUUGGCGAUUUUAGAGGAUUCUACAGGCAACUCACCAGUGAUGGACAGCUCCGAUGGAUUGGACCAGAGAAAGGUGCUGUGCAUUUGGCCACAGCUGCUGUUCUGAAUGCCGUGUGGGAUUUGUGGGCUAAGCAGGAGGGAAAGCCUCUAUGGAAGUUACUAGUUGACAUGGACCCCCACCAGUUGUUAUCCUGCAUAGAUUUCAGGUACAUUACAGAUGCACUAACAGAGAAAGAAGCUUAUGAAAUACUCCAAAAUGGCCUACGUGGGAAGAAGGAAAGAGAAGAGCACAUGCUAAAGCACGGAUACCCUGCUUACACCACAUCUUGUGCCUGGCUGGGCUACCCGGACCAGCAGCUAAAACAGCUAUGCAUGGAGGCAUUGAAGGAUGGCUGGACAAGGUUCAAAGUAAAGGUUGGUGCUGAUCUGCAGGAUGACAUUCGUAGAUGCAGACUUAUAAGAGAAAUGAUUGGCCCUGACAACGCACUGAUGCUGGAUGCUAACCAACGAUGGGAAGUAAAGGAAGCAAUAGAGUGGGUCACUAAAUUAGCUGAAUUUAAACCAUUAUGGAUUGAGGAGCCAACAUCUCCUGAUGAUAUCCUUGGACACGCAGCCAUUUCUAAGGCAUUGGCACCAUUAGGAAUUGGUGUGGCAACAGGAGAACAAUGCCACAAUAGAGUGAUAUUUAAGCAGCUCCUACAGGCUAAGGCCCUGAGCUAUCUCCAGAUUGACAGCUGCAGGCUGGGAAGUGUGAAUGAAAACUUAUCUGUGUUGCUGAUGGCAAAAAAGUUUCAAAUUCCUGUUUGCCCUCAUGCUGGGGGGGUUGGGCUCUGUGAGUUGGUACAGCACUUGAUAAUAUUUGACUAUAUUGCAGUAUCUGGAAGCCUUGAAAACAGGAUGUGUGAGUACGUAGAUCAUCUGCAUGAACACUUCAAAUAUCCUGUCAUCAUCAAGAAAGCUUCAUAUGUACCACCUCAGGAUGCUGGAUAUUCCACUGAAAUGAAAGAAGAUUCUGUGAGGAAAUACCAAUUUCCACAGGGAGAAAUUUGGCAGAAACUCCUUUCUAACCCAUAAAAUACAACUGCAUCAAGCUUAACCCUGACAGUUUCCAGGUUGAUACAAGGUUUUAGCUGCCAAUAAAUAUUUUUGUAUAACUAAGCAUAAGUUUUCAGGAAUUAGUAUAACAAUCUAAGGCUGUCUAGUUUAUAAGUUUAAGGAAUAUAGGCCCGAUUUCAGUACUCAGCUGUUAUUCUUUAAUGUAAUUAGCAGAUGGGCUAUGAACAAAAUUUCUAUACCUAAUUUUCAAAAUCAAGAAUAACUUUUUAAAAUGGCCAAUGCUAGAGCUUCCAACAUGAUUCUUGGUAAAUUGUUGAGGGGAUUUUCUCACAAUAUACUAUGAAUUUAGAGUUUUCAAAUAAAAUUCCUUACUGUCUACUCUUGUCUUGAAAGAUUUUACUCUGCCACUAUGCAUGUACAUAAACUACUAUGGCUUGGGUAAGAUGGGUAACAUCAUAAAGGACCAUCAUCGGCACUGAUCUCACCUAUACCCUGCAGAAGCAGUAAACUUGAUACAAUUAAAGCACAGCACCUAGUUCUAUCAAGACUUCUGACUAGACAUGCCCAUUCAUCAAAAAUUAAAUUAGGGAUGUAAAAAAAAUUAAAUGUAGCCAUGUAUCUGCUAAAAAUCCUAGCAGUUAUAUGCACUGUGGCCUCUGCAGUAUAAAGCUUAUACUGGGACUGGUAGCUGCAGAGCUGGCUUCACUGUGGGUUCUGCAGAGCUCACAGCAUGGGGUGACAGGAUUUCCCAGGAGCCAGCGAGUAAUCGUAACAAACAGAUAAGCUGAGGCUUACUGGCUUAGCCAUUUAAACCGUUAUACCAGGGUUUCCUAACCAGGGUUCUAAAGACCAUCAUCAGGGGUUCAGCAAGAAAUUGUGAAUUAAAUAAAUAAAAAAAAGUUCUCUUACAAUGUAAGCUGACAUAUAAAUAACAGCUCUUUACAAAUCAAUUUUCUUGACAAUAAUUUAGCAGUAAUUGAAUGCACUCUCCACUGUCAACUUUUUCUUGCCAAGCAAAUGUUUUCAUAGUUAGGGGUUCCUCAAGAUAUGAAAAAUUAUUUUAGGGUUUCCUCCAUGAGAAAAAGAUUGGGAAUUACUGGGUUAUACUUUUACCUCCCUAACUGAUUCCAAAACAUUUCAAUCUCCAGCAAACUUCUGCAAGAUGCCUGCUUGGCUUCCUGACAUUUGCUUACCUACUUGCUGCUUCUUAUAGCUCGCUAAGGAGAGCGGAGCACUUGGGAGCCCACAAGCCCUAGCCUCAGGGUAUUCCAUCAAAUCCCUUGUCUGAAUCAACUUCUGCAGCCCCCAUUUGUAACAAAGCCAAAACUUUUAAAUCUCACAAUCCUCUUGUAACAUUAGUAUCAAGUAAAGCAAGGUAACAAGUGCAGAUUCACUACCAGACCUUAAAGAUACAACACUUUCCAAAACACUGUUGAAAAUAUUUUUGUGUUUAAUAAACAUUAUCAACUCACCAAGUUUAAAAAAGUGAUCUCUGAUAGUACUUAAACAAAACAUUUGUAGUAACAAAUACUGUAUAUAAAGGUAAGUGAAGUUAAUACAGAACAAGACUAAUCAUUUCUCACUGUUCAGGCUAUAGUGCAGAGAAGGAAAAGCUCAAAAUAUUAACUUAACCCCAUAACCUAGGGGAGUGCCAGCCAAUUCAUAAAUUAUUUGUAGAUAUACAAACCGAAGUCACCUAACAAUUAGGAGCCAGAGCCCUCUCUACUCAAGCACUGACUAUUAAACAGAGUGCUAAUUCUUCUACAAGAUUUGGUUCAAUGACACCACCUGUAUGAAGGUAAACAACUUCCAUUAAAUGUACUUCUCUCAUUAAAGGUAUUUUACAGCUAUUUAUCUGCUUCUGAACAGUUAAUCUACUGGAACAGGAUCCAUUUUAACUGCUUUAAGCAACUUUUAAAAGCACCACA